UCUCUUGAGUCUUUUUAUCGCGUGGAGUACUCCUAGUCUUUACAAGUUAGCAGUGUCAUUCAUUAGUUGUGUAAAGGUGUAACGCUUAAACUAGUAACCGUGUUAGGUUAUUCGUUUCUUCUUGUCAUCAUGCAGUAGAUGUUGUAAAAAACGGAAGCUGAGGAAGAAGCAGUCAACAUGUGAGGCUGCAGCAAGAAUGAUGGAAAGCAGCGUUCUGGAAGGGCAGCUGAACAGAUUUCAUGUUCAGCGUAAUCAAGGAUAUGAAGAUCCUUCAACUCCAAGGCAGAAGAAACAGAAGAGUGGGAGUGAUCCAGAGAGGCCAAAAUCAACAAGUCUCAGUGUUUGCUGACCCGUGCCUGCCUGCCUCCUGUCAUCUAGUGCAGCGUGCUGGAUACGGGCCAGGAUCUGGUGCAUAUAAUCCCCCAGCAUGCAACGAGCUCCUGCACGUCCACAGGCAGGUUGUUGUUGUUGCCAUGAGGACAGAGAAGCAACAGGGGAACUGAGCUUUAGAAAACAUGAAAAACUCAUAACGGGAGGAUGAAGCUUUUUGUUUGGAUGUUUCUCUUGUGUAACGAGUCUUAUUUUGAUUUAUUUUUGAGCAACAGGAGCUUACAAGUUGGACCAGAAGUUAAAGUUGGAGAGACAGUCUAACGUCAGAAUCAUACAACUGUCAAAAUGAUUUUUUCCUGAAUAACAAGAUUGUAAAGUGAAGCUCUAACAAUGACGAGCCUUCCGGACUGAAGAGACCGCUCCCACAGGAGUUUCAGGAGGAGUCUGGCUCUAUCAGACACUGCUCCGGGGAGCUUCUGUCUUCUCCCGCUGCUCUCUCCAUCUCUCAUGUAGGCAAGUCUCCAGAUGUUUGAGAAGACUGCAGUCAAUGGAUGGCUGUGCUGGGGAGCUCUGUACUUGUUAGCAGCAGGAGUGUCAUUAACAUCUGAAACCCGUCUGCUGUGUCCUCAGCCCUGCCGCUGUAACACUGUGCUGCUAGAGGUGAACUGCUCUGAUCACCAACUCAUCACUGUGCCGGAAAGUCUCCCAAAAGACACCAAACUGCUCAACUUAACACAUAACAAGAUCAAAACUCUAGUGCAGCAGCAGUUCAAGACUUUGACACAACUUUUACACCUAGAUUUAAGUGACAAUGAUGUGGUUAUGAUUGAAUUUAAAGCCUUUCUUGGCUUGCAGAAUUUGAUCAAUCUGAAUCUUGCCCGCAACCACCUCAAGAUAAUCCCUAUUGGAGCAUUUGCUGGGUUGCCAAAACUGAAAUCGCUAGACAUAAGCAGCAAUGAGGUCCUAGUUUUUCUAGAUUUUACUUUCAGAGACUUGCCCACCUUGCAGUUUCUUACAGCAGUAGAUAAUGACGUUGUUUUCAUCUCUCAUCAAGCUUUCACUGGGCUUACAAAUUUACAAGAGCUGCACCUUGAUGGCUGCAACCUCUCUGCUGUGCCGACAGAGGCGCUGACACAGCUCAGAGGGCUGAGGAGGCUCUCUUUUCAACGAGCCAGCCUUGCCACACUGCCAAACUACUCUUUCCAACAUUUGGAGCAUCUCAAAGAACUUGUGCUUUCUGAUUGCCCCUGGCUCGAGACUCUUUCAGGAAAAAGUCUGUUUGGCCUGAACCUAACAUCUCUUACUAUACGACACUGUAACCUCAGUGCUGUCCCUUACAUCCCUAUGCAUCAUCUUGUGUAUCUCGUAUUUCUUGAUCUUUCUUUUAAUCCAAUCACAUACAUUCACAAGAGCCAGCUUGGAGACUUGCUGCGCCUCCAAGAGCUCCAUCUGGUAGGGGGAUUGUUGCUUCGUAUUGAAAUUGGAGCAUUCCGGGGUUUGUCGUAUCUGAGAUUGUUGAAUGUAACCAGAAACCUUCUCACAACGCUAGAGAUGGGAGUAUUUCAGUCGGUGGACACCCUGAGGACUCUAGGACUUGACAACAACCCCUUUAAAUGUGACUGCCGUUUGCUGUGGUUGGUACAGAAACGACCAAAUCUGGAUUUUGGAGGGAAUUUACCAACUUGCACCACCUCAGUCCACCUCCAGGGUUUGAAUUUUCUAGACCUGGAAGAUGAUGAACUUUCAGGUCUGCUUACAUGUCGACCGCCUCGAAUUCUGAACAGAAAACGUCAAGAAAUGAGAGUAGAUCAGGGACACACUGUGGUGUUUUACUGUGCUGCAGAAGGUGACCCAGCACCAUCUGUCACCUGGCUGAACCCAAAGCUCAAACCAGUCUCACCCACCGGAAGAAUAUGGGCUCUCUCUAAUGGCUCGUUAGAGAUUCGGUUUGCUCAACCUCAAGACAGCGGCAUGUAUCUCUGCUUGGCAUCCAACGCAGCAGGAAAUACCAGCCUGCCUGUGAACCUAUAUGUCCGAGCCUUUCCAAAGUCUUCUAGAAACCCUUCAAGUCUCAAGGGUUGGUUUGUCCCUCCAGGUGUGAACGGAAAUCAGAAACUUCCAUUUGACUUUAAAACAUUACUGGUAGCAGCAACCAUUGGGUUUCUGUCAUUCUUCAGCUCUGUGAGCGUUUGCUUUAUUUUCAUGUUCUUGUGGAGUAAGAGUAAGGGACAGAUAAAGCACACAGCCACCAUAGCAUAUGUGCCACGGAGCGCCAUGUCAGGUGGUAGUGGAGACCAGCAGACCAGCAGGUUCACCAUGAAACUGAUAUGACUGUAAGGACCCUGGCAGAACUUGGUUCAUUCAGAAUUUAAGAAAGAUUUUAGUUCAGAUUUCUGGGCCAAUUUAAGUCAACUUCAUAGCAUGUUAACUUUUAUUGAACAGAGGCUGAGUCUUUAUUAGAGUCUGCUAAUGGCAUAGUUUUAUUUGUUAAGGCUAAAGCUUUUAAAAAGAUGAAAGAUAUGUUUGCAGAACUUAUGAGAUAUCUUUAAGAUAGAAUUGAUUGAGAAGCUUUAAUUUUUUCUGUCUGUAUUAUGUCAUGGUAGAAGCACAAGUGUAGAAAGGCAACCAAAGUAAGAAACAAGCACAACUGUUUAACUAUGGUGCAUGUUCUGAUAUCAUUUCUAACUUUAUUGCUUGUUGUUUAAUGUUUUUCUUGAGUUUUACAAAAAGAAUAAGAAUAUUAUUUAAUGUUCAAGGGACAAGUUAACUGAUGUAGGGUAGAUUUUUUUUAAUAAUUAAUAAUAAUCUUGUAUUAGCAUUAAAUACCACAUCAUGUUAAUCUAUAUUGCAUGUGGUUUGAAAUCAAUUUUUAUUCCACUGAACAUG